AUAAACAUGAGAUAAGAAUCAAUCAACUACAGCACAUCUCUAAACACACAUAAAGUGAUACAGAGAAUAAGAGGGAGAGAACGAGAGAGGAAAAUGGAGCUCAAAGUGUAUGGACAUCGAGCGUCUCAGCCAUCGCGAGCUAUUAUGAUCUUCUGCAAGGCGAAUAAUAUAGAGUUUGAGGAGGUGACGAUUGAUUUAUCCAAGGGACAGCAUAAGUCUCCCGAAUAUAAAGAGAUAAAUCCUAUGGGGCAAGUCCCGGCUAUCAUUCAUGGAGAGCUUCAGCUAUUUGAAAGCCAUGCAAUCCUUACUUAUCUUGCCUCUGCAUUUCCUGGAGUUGCAGAUCAUUGUUCUAAACAGUUUCCCAUUCAUGCUAAAGGUAUCCAACUGAUCUUGUCAAGAGAGCCAAGAUUCAUUCUGUGUUGGACUGGCAUCACUCAAAUUUACGCCGUGGCUCAGGUGCUUCAUACUCCCUAUAUUUUUAAUGCAAGACUAGCGCCUGUAUUUGGCCUGCCCUUGAACCCUCAGGCAGCAGCUGAAGCUGAGAAAAUUUUGAUUUCGUCUCUGUCAACAAUAGAGUCCUUUUGGCUCCAGGAUAGUGGGACGUUCUUGCUUGGUGGAAACCAACCAUCAAUAGCAGAUCUCAGCCUAGUCUGUGAAAUUAUGCAACUCGAGCUACUGGAUGAGAAUGAGCGCAAUCGUUUUCUGGGUCCGUACAAGAAAGUUCAACAGUGGAUUGAGAAUACAAAAAAUGCAAUAAACCCUCAAUUUGAUGAAAUGCAUGGUGCCCUUUAUCAAUUGAGUGCAAAAAUGGGGAAGCAAUAGUCAACAGGAGGAAAGAGUGAGAUUUAGACUCACAUGAAGAUUGAUCUGUCUUUGUAUUUUCAGAAGAUAUACAAUAAGAUUUAUGGGCAUGUUCAGGAAUAAGGAGUUGUUGUAUAUGCAUUUGUGUGUCAUAAAAAUUGAACAAGAUUUCUGAGAAUGUCCAGAAGAAGAUAAGCCUGAUUGAAUAAACAGAUGUGUUGCGUUA